GGGGCGGCCCAGGCGAGCCGGGGCCGCGGGGCGCGGGAUCCGGACGCGGCUGCCCGGGCAUGAGGAGCUGAGCGUCUCGGGCGAGGAGGGCUGACGGCUGCACCAUGCAGGCGGCGGCGGCUGUAUCCGUGCCCUUCUUGCUGCUCUGCGCCCUGGGGACCUGUCCCCCGGCGGGCUGCGGCCGGGCAGGAGACGCCUCGUUGACGGAGCUGGAGAGGAGGGAAGAAAACCGGUUCCUGGAGCGCCAGAGCAUCGUGCCACUCCGGCUCAUCUACAGCUCGGGCGAAGACGAAACUGGGCACGACGCGCUCGAUACGCGGGUGCGGGGCGACCCCGGCGGCGGGCAGUUGACUCACGUUGACCAGGCAAGCUUCCUGCUGGGUGCCUUUGGAACAUCGUUUAUUCUUGAUGUCCUGCUAAAUCAUGAUUUGCUGUCCUCUGAAUAUGUGGAGAGACACAUUGAACAUGGAGGGAAGACUGUGGAAGUGAAAGGAGGAGAACACUGUUACUACCAGGGCCACAUCCGAGGAAACCCUGCCUCAUUUGUGGCAUUGUCAACAUGCCAUGGACUUCAUGGGAUGUUCUAUGAUGGGAACCACACCUAUCUCAUCGAGCCGGAAGGAAAUGACACCUCCCAAGAGGAUUUCCGUUUUCAUUCGGUUUACAAAUCCAGACUGUUUGAAUUUCCCUUGGAUGAUCUUCCAUCUGAAUUCCAACAAGUAAACAUCACUCCACCAAAAUUUAUUUUGAAGCCAAGACCAAAACGGAGUAGACGACAGCUUCGUCGAUAUCCUCGUAACAUAGAGGAGGAAACCAAAUAUAUUGAACUGAUGAUUGUGAAUGAUCAUCUCAUGUUUAAAAAACAUCGGCUUUCAGUGGUACUUACCAAUACCUAUGCGAAAUCUGUGGUGAACCUGGCGGAUUUAAUAUAUAAAGACCAACUUAAGACAAGGAUAGUAUUGGUUGCCAUGGAAACCUGGGCGGCUGACAACAAGUUUGCCAUAUCUGAAAAUCCAUUGAUCACCCUACGUGAAUUUAUGAAAUACAGGAGGGAUUUUAUCAAAGAGAAAAGUGAUGCAGUUCACCUUUUUUCGGGAAGUCAAUUUGAGAGUAGCCGGAGCGGGGCAGCUUAUAUUGGUGGGAUUUGCUCGUUGCUGAAAGGAGGAGGCGUGAAUGAAUUUGGGAAAACGGAUUUAAUGGCAGUUACACUUGCCCAGUCGUUAGCCCAUAAUAUUGGUAUUAUCUCAGACAAAAGAAAGUUAGCAAGCGGUGAGUGUAAAUGUGAGGACACGUGGUCUGGAUGCAUAAUGGGAGACACUGGCUAUUAUCUUCCUAAAAAGUUCACCCAGUGUAAUAUUGAAGAGUAUCAUGACUUCCUGAAUAGUGGAGGUGGUGCCUGCCUUUUCAACAAACCUUCUAAGCUUCUUGAUCCUCCUGAGUGUGGCAAUGGCUUCAUUGAAACUGGAGAGGAGUGUGACUGUGGGACCCCGGCAGAAUGUGUCCUUGAAGGAGCAGAGUGUUGUAAGAAAUGCACCUUGACUCAAGACUCCCAGUGCAGUGAUGGUCUUUGUUGUAAAAAGUGCAAGUUUCAGCCUAUGGGAACUGUAUGCCGUGAAGCAGUAAAUGAUUGUGAUAUUCGUGAAACAUGCUCAGGAAAUUCAAGCCAGUGUGCCCCCAAUAUUCAUAAGAUGGAUGGUUAUUCCUGUGAUGGUGUCCAGGGAAUUUGCUUUGGAGGAAGAUGUAAAACCAGGGAUAGACAAUGCAAAUACAUCUGGGGGCAAAAGGUGACAGCAUCAGACAAAUACUGCUAUGAGAAACUGAAUAUUGAAGGCACCGAGAAGGGUAACUGUGGGAAAGACAAAGACACAUGGAUACAGUGCAACAAACGGGAUGUGCUUUGUGGUUACCUUUUGUGUACGAACAUUGGUAAUAUCCCGAGGCUUGGAGAACUCGAUGGUGAAAUCACAUCUACUUUAGUUGUACAGCAGGCAAGAACAUUAAACUGCAGUGGUGGGCAUGUUAAGCUUGACGAAGAUGUAGACCUUGGCUAUGUGGAAGAUGGGACACCUUGUGGUCCCCAAAUGAUGUGCUUAGAACACAGGUGUCUUCCUGUGGCUUCCUUCAACUUUAGUACUUGUUUAAGCACUAAAGAAGGCACUGUUUGUUCAGGAAAUGGAGUUUGCAGUAAUGAGCUGAAGUGUGUGUGUAACAGACACUGGGUAGGUGAGGACUGCAGCACUUACUUCCCUUACAAUGAUGAUGCAAAGGCUGGCAUUACUCUGUCUGGCAAUGGUGUUGCUGGUACCAAUAUUAUAAUAGGCAUAAUUGCUGGCACCAUUUUAGUGCUGGCCCUCAUAUUAGGAAUAACUGCAUGGGGCUAUAAAAACUAUCGAGAACAGAGACAGUUACCCCAGGGAGAUUAUGUAAAAGAGCCUGGAGAUGGCGACUCUUUUUAUAGCGACAUUCCUCCUGGAGUGAGCACAAACUCAGCAUCUAGUUCUAAGAAGAGGUCUGCUUUUCUGUCGCAUUUUCAGAUUUCUACCUGUUCCAUCACACAUUAUUCCAUUAGUCAGAACAUUUCAUUAUUUUGCAGCAGGUCAAAUGGACUCUCUCAUUCUUGGAGUGAAAGGAUUCCAGACACAAAACAUAUUUCGGACAUCUGUGAAAAUGGACGACCUCGCAGUAACUCUUGGCAAGGUAACCUGGGAGGCAACAGAAAGAAAAUCAGAGGCAAAAGAUUUAGACCUCGGUCUAAUUCAACUGAGUAUUUAAACCCAUGGUUCAAAAGAGACUAUAAUGUAGCUAAGUGGGUAGAAGAUGUGAAUAAAAACACUGAAGGACCAUACUUUAGGACUUUAUCUCCUGCCAAGUCUCCUUCUUCGUCAACUGGGUCUAUUGCCUCCAGCAGAAAAUACCCUUAUCCAAUGCCUCCCCUUCCCGAUGAGGAGAAGAAAGUGAACCGACAAAGUGCCAGGCUAUGGGAGACAUCCAUUUAAGAUCAGCUGUUUACAUGUGAUACAUCGAAACUGUUUACUUCAACUUUUAUAGAAACUCAGCCUCACUGAAUCACUGCAAAUCUAUCUGCUCUUCAAACAACUCGAAAACAUCUCGGAAUGCCACAGAGGAGAGGAAGCCGAGACUCACAUCUGGAUACCAUUUUCUUUUUGUCAUUGGCUUCAGAUUUAAUUGAACCAUGAAAAGAACUACUAAAAUGUUACACUAUAACAUGGAACAACUAAGGUACUGGUAUGUUAAUGGAUAAUCCGCAUGACAGAUAUAUGUAGAAAUAUCACUGAAAUUAACUCACAUGACCCAAAUGUAGCAAGUUUCCUAAGGGACAAUAAUGGAUUCAGAACUCGACAUUCUGAAGCACAUCCUCAUUGUAGACAGUAAUGCUAUGUGCAUGAGGCUUCUGUUUAUUGUUUUCCACAUUUAAGGAAACAACAUCCCAUAAUAGAAACUAGCAUGCUGGGCUAAGGCAUAUAGGAUUUCUUCUGCAGGACUUUAAAGCUUGAGAGGCCAAUAUCCCAUAUGCUAACUGUAAACAUGUAUUUUUUUUCUUUUUUUUUUACUUUUCAUAUUUAUAUCAGCAUACAAGGACAAUUGUACAUAUAUAAACAUUUUUAAAAUUUAAAAAAAAAGCAGCUGUUACACACAAGUGUAUUUUGCCAGAUGCCUAAAAACAAUCAGUCACAAUCACGUCAUCAUCGUCCAUCGAAUGGUCUUUCAAGAUUAUGACCGGAUGAUGUUGUAAAUAUAGUGGUCAGGGCUGUAUGUGUGUCUCCCCAUAAUUGGUAUUUGUCCAAACCAUGUGCUAUCCCUUUAAAGGGUGCACAGUCUAGAGGCAGUUUUAUUGAGUAAUUAAUUGAACAAGAGAACGAAAUGUCCGACAGAACUUAGGGCCUCCACAGCUUGCUUACUGCCUCAAGGCGCUCUGCUAGCAGCUGGCUGCUCCCUGGGAAUCCUCCAGCCUGUCCAUCUUCCUUCUGGGGGCUACAGCGCCUGCCUCAGUGGCUAUUCUUUUUCGGUGCCAGAGCACAUCUGCUAGUCUCACGGGGGGGGGGGGGGGGGGCUGUGAGCCCCACAGCAGUGUGUCCUGCUGAGUUAAACAAAUGCACCAAAGACACAGGAGGCCACAGCUGCUGAUGCAUUGGUAGCUUCCAACUUGCCAAUACUCUAACCCUUUGUGGCCUAAACUUUUGUUCUUUAACAAAGCUUUUUAGCCACCCUUAUCUGUGACAUGAAUGACGUGUUUUAAUGAAAACAACUUUCACACUGUUUAUUGAGGGUAUUUAUCAUCGGUGGGACGUGAGUCCCAGCAGGUCAUUCUGCACUGAUUUGUAAGUAAGAUAUGGAAGGUUCUACCAGCUGGGCUGGGAAGCCUCAGCAGGUCGCAGAGGGUUCAAAGAAACCUAAAACCCCAAGGGUGCAGCAACUGUGAAGUUAUCCAAACAGCCGGCAAGGGGUAGAAUCUGAUGUUCUGAACUCUCUACGUUUUUAAUCCAUAGAAAAGUGAGAAAUCUAUGUUAAAUCCCCUUCUUUAAAACCAAAGUUCGAUAGCUGUCAUCAUGCAGCUCUGCCAUUCUUAAAGAAAACUUCUCUUGGGAGGCGACCCUAAGUGAGCUCAGAAAUUAAUGGGAUCAAUCAGAUGCUUUGAUGUAAAGAGUACUUCUGAAUUUUCUAAUUUUCUCUCCUUUUUCUUGAGAGGAAUGGAAUCUGCAGACAAGAUUUCAGAAAUAUCCUCUAAAUUUGAUCUCUGCCAGUAGUGUCCGAGAACAAAACCCAUUUCAUCUCCGUGUGUAAUCAUCUUGGAGGCCCAAACUAAAGGGCCCAUUAGAAGGCAGUGUUUUCUCCUCUAUGUGUCUAUGUCUUCCGUAACGGACCUCUCUUCUGAAAGUCUUUGAAAACAUUUGAAAAGCAGUUUAAUGAUCCAAAAUGAUAAAGUAUAAACAGCAGUUUUCACGACAGGAAGGGAUGUGAUUGUCGAGACUAUGAUAAAAUGAUCCAUCAGUCUCAAGUUGGGUGAUGUUGCCGUGUAGCCCAAGCCAAGGACAGGAGGGCAGACAGAUUUAAAGAUGUAGCAAAUAAAGUGGCUUUUGACCAAGAUCACUUUAAUGUGCACUGAAUGUUUUCUGAUAUUGAGUGUAUAAAAGGCUAAUGUUAGAAGGUUUAUUUUGACUAUAAAAGAGUUAUAGAUUUGAAUGUAAGAUACCUUAUGUAAAUAUGCUUCCUAGUUAUGGUUACACAUCCCUCAUUUGAAAGAAUCCACAAAUGAUUAGCUAUGUAGUCAAUGGAUCCCUUCACCCUUCUGUCUUUCCUCACCUUCUGAAUUAUUUUUACAUGAAGAUUAUUAUUUCAAGUGAAAAAAUCAUUAUUUGUGCCUUUUGGGAGACAUGGUUGCUCUAGAGGUAUACAGUUUAUAGUCAUCCUCCUCGAUAAUAAACUUCACAUAGAACUGAAUGAAAAGUGCUUUAUUUGCAGAGAGACUACGAUUUGUGGCCUCUCCCGUUGCGGAGCACAGGCUCCGGAUGCGCAGGCUCAGCGGCCAUGGCUCAUGGGCCCAGCCGCUCCGCGG